UAACAGGAAAAAAACAUGAAGAAGAAAAAACAUGAUGCCAUUGUUUAUGAACCUAAAGAACUUCAGAAUCCCUCUCCCAAUGUAACAAAUUGUUGCAAAUCACUGUGGGUGAAAUACAGUUUUCAGAGUGCUUACAUGACCGAACUUGUCAGCUCCCAGCCAGUUUCAGCCAUGUCAAGGAAACCAGAUCACAAUCCACCUUCUCAGCCCAAGGAGGAUAGUAUUGGCCAGAACCAUCACCAGGAGGAAAUUAUUCACAAGUUGGCCGUGCGGCUGAGAAACAUUGGGGACAGCAUUGAGCAGAGAAUGGUGCAAGAGAACUUUCAGCAAGAAGGCAGAGCUAUCCUGGCUCACUACGUCUUCGUUUUCUUUGGAGGAGUUCACACGCUGCUGCGCUUUCUCUGGAACAACCAUUUGAUGUAGAAGGAACGUAAGCGGCAGGCUCUGCUUUCCUUCGACCCUCUGAGAAAACAUGAAUCCCACCGGGGCAGAUGCAAAGAAGACCCUUCUGCUCCUCCUCUCCUUGUCACCCAUCGCGGUUGCUUUUGUCUGGUUUGUUGAAGAACUGCGGACCCACUGGCCAUUUGUCUGUUUAUUGGUCAGCCAGCGAUGAGACGUCUGUGACGGUCUCAUGGUAGAGCCCAAGGAACUUAGGAGCCCAGGAGGCCUCACUGCUUAGGAAACACCAGCACUGUGGAUAGCCCCAGUGCUCCUUAUAAGGAAGCCUUGGAAGGGAAUCUCCCAUGAGUGUGCCACUGAACCUCAUUCCCAAACCAGAGGUCACAGAAAUGGGUGCUUCCUCCUGGCCCCCUCCCUGGGUAACAGGCCCUCCAGUGACCUGUUGGCCUCACUCUUGUUGCCUGUGUCCAGAUCUGCAGCGACCCCUGCUUCUUUUUACCGUUCUGUCUACCUCAUAUUCCCUCCCUCCGCCCUCUGAGAAGCACAACGAGUGUUAAGAAAGUUUGUUGUUAUAAACUGUAAGUUCUGAGUUCUUUGUAGGAAAAGUGUUAUUUUAGAAAGUUAAUAAUUAAAAAUGAAAUAAAUAUGGUUAUUUUAUUGAGCA